GCGGAAAAUAGUGCUUCAACCAGUGUAGGUGUAAUCAAGAUGGUGGAAGUUCAUCUAGCUAUCCGAUUACAACUUAUAUAUUUGGGUUGAACUGUUUGGUAAUAAGAAUGAACACCUUUGGUACAUGCUAAGGAAGGGAAAGGUUUAUCCAUGACGACUUAUUAUAGUCGCCACAAUAUGCCAGGUGUUCCUAGACCAACAGGAUACACAGGAAGCUAUAGCAGCGGUACCUCUAGAACUCUACCGAGACAGCGUGCAUCAAGUUUAAGUCGAGAAAACAGUGCAUCAAGGCUUUACUCUACAAGCACUAGCAGUAAACCUAGACCACUUCCAAAUGGUCCAGGACCCCUAGACAGCUAUGGCAGAAAAUUAGAUGGCACAAGUUCCUACAAAAUAAAAUCUACCUCAUCUACCCUCCGUCCCACUGGACCCAUCAAGGCUACCAGUGUAUAUAGCAGUACAUACUCAUCUUCCUAUGGACCUUAUAGUACAGGUACAAGUUCUGGGUCUACAUCUAGGCCUGAUAGUGGAAUCAAGCAGAGACGUUCCACAAGUAUUUCAAAUAUCAGUGAUACAUUGUCAGAUGUAAGGUUAGACAGUGAAUCACGAAGAUCAAGGAACAGAGAGGAAGCUAAUGGACUCUCAUCAUACAGGUCUGAAUAUACCCCAAGGAGUUCAAAGACAAAACUAGACAAUGAUAAAAAUGAUGAUAUAUUCAAUGCAUCAAGAACAAGUUCCAGAAACAGUAAAUUUUUAAAGGAUAAUUCAAUUGAUUUGAAUGAUGAUAGCUACACACCAUCAGUUAGCAGGAAGAGAGAUGCUAGUUUGCCUCCCUUGUCCAGGAGGGACUCCAGUCCCCUUGACUCAAAGCCCUCAUUCACAAGACAGAGUUCUGUAUCUCCUCCAAAUGUCAAUGGUUCCAUGUCUCAACAUAUGAAUGGUGGAAAAGUCGGUCUCAGGAACUUAGGAAACACUUGUUUCAUGAACAGUGUACUGCAGUGCCUUAGUAACACCAAGCCUUUGUUAGAGUAUUUUUUGAAGGAAGAUUAUAUUUUGGAUAAAAACUCUAGCACCAGCUCCAUGAAGGGCCAACUUGUCACAGCAUAUGCCAACUUGAUGAAAUCAAUGUGGGCAGAAAGAAGUGAUUCCCACGUGUCCCCAAAUGCCUUUAAGACACAGAUUCAGAGGUUUGCCCCAAGGUUCAUGGGAUAUGCUCAGCAGGAUGCUCAGGAGUUUCUUCGAUACCUUUUGGAGGGUCUCCAUGAAGAUGUAAACAAGGUCACCAGUAAACCCAAGCCAGUCACCAUUGAUGAUGAGGACUUCAGCAAUGAUCAGGACAAAGCCAAAGAAUACUGGAGAGUUUAUCUUACAUAUGACAACAGUCAUAUUGUUGAAAUAUUUGUUGGCCAGUUGAAAAGUGAGCUGAAGUUUGAUUGUGAUCACCGUUCAGUGACCUUUGACCCAUUCUGGGAUUUGUCUGUUCCGAUACCAAAAGUUAGUUUAGCUAUGAGGAGUGAUGCAAGCAUUAUACAGUGUAUAACAGCAUUUAUGAAGGCAGAAGUAUUGGAUGGCGAUGAGAGACCAACUUGCUCAAAGUGCAAGAAGAGAAUGCGCUGCACAAAAAGUUUUUCCAUACAACGAUUUCCUACCAUAUUGGUAUUACAUUUAAAAAGAUUUAGUCAGGGCAGAUACAGCCAGAAAGUGUCCACAUGUAUCGACUUUCCACAAGUUCUGGACAUGACAGAAUACUCAUCAGAAAAAGGUGGAAAGCGAGUCUUGUACAAUCUGUAUGGAGUCAGUAAUCACAGUGGAGGGGUACAUUCAGGUCAUUAUACAGCCACCUCUAAACAUCCCUACAGUGGAGAGUGGCAUGUUUUCAAUGAUACUAGGGUCAGCCCAACAAGUGCUAGUCGAGCAGUUUCUUCUGAAGCUUAUCUCCUGUUUUACGAGCGCACCUUUGACACAUCUCGUCUAUGAUUGAAGUCGGUAGAAAGCUUAGGAAGUAGGAAAGUGUAUCAGCAUUAAAUGUGCAGUUUAUUAUUAAUCAUGACACUAAUUAUCAGCACUUUUUGGUAAAUGAAUAUAAAUCCUCCUCCUUUCCAAUAUCCAUUCUAUCAUACAUGGAUCUGUCCUAUCACUUCUUGUGAUAUUUUUUCCUGGUUUCUUCUGAAAUGUUUAAAUACAUGUAUAUUUUUCUUGGACAGUUCAGAUUAUAUGUAUUUCAAUGGAUGUAUGUCUUUUCAGUUCAAUUUCUCUAAAUUGUAAUUCAUUUUCUCACACACCUAAGGAAUUUAAUAUGCAAAACUGCAUCUCUCAGAUGCAUUGUUAAAUGAAAUUGGUCUAUGCAUUAUCAUAGAUUUGUAUAUAUCAAAUUGUUAGUGGUUGUUAUGAAAUAUUGCUGUUUGUUACUGUUAUCAUCUCUAACAAUAGAUAAAGGUCAAAGUUGACAAGGCGAUGAAUCGAAGUAUUAUUGUGAGUUUGUGAUUCAUAUCACAGAUAAGAAAAAAAAAAUACACUAAAGAAAUGAACAUGUGUAGGUUGUAUUUGUUAUUGUUGGACGUUAUUACUGCUUGUAGAAGCUCUGCUUUAAUACACAUACAUUGUAUAUUGAAAACUGAUCUGUACAGUGUUGGUUUUAAUUUAAUUAACUUAUUGGCAUGUUGAUGAGUGAAUGACAUUGUACUUUAAAUGUAUGAAAGCAUAGAACACACAGUAUAUUGCUGUUUGCUGUUGGUAGGCCAUGUAGAGCACAACUUUUCAUAUUUUGGAGAUUUAAAAGGAACAAGCAGUCUGUGAUACAUUAUUUAAGGCACAGUUUGAGCUUUAUUAUUGUUUUUAGUUGCACAAAGAGAAAAUAUGGAGAUAUUCUCUGGUUUUAUAUAUUGUACUAGAAGGUAAAAGAAAUAUUCAUAUAUACAUGUACAUUUGAUUAUGAAUGAUAGAUAGAUGAUAUUGAAAAUAUUUUGAAAUUGUUUUAAAUGACCCUAGAAUAACAUUUAAUAUGUGUUUCCUUUCCUAAUGCAGAAGUGUUAUUAAAUUGACUUCAUUUUUAUCAACAGGAUGAAAUCUUAUUGUUUUGGUUUAAUAUGAAAUUUCAUGUGCUUCCUUUUAAUACUUAAAAUUCUUUUUACACAUUUUUAAAUCUUGUACAACAUUGUAUAGAACAUAUAAUGUAGUUCAGAAUAAACAAAAUCUAGUGUGUCUUGUUCUGACACAGUUAUAGUUACACUGUUGUUGAGCACAAAGUGAAGAUAUUUUACAUCAGAACAAAUUUUAUAUCAUGAAUUGUUUUAUCAGGUGUUUUGGUGUUUUACUUGUAUUACAAAAUGUUAUCAUAUUUUACUAAUUUAAGUCCAUUUUAAAGUUUGAUAUUGGCACAUAAUGGCAUUUAUUGUUGAACGGUUUGCCCUUCUUGCUAGCUUGUUUUUUUUUCAUACAUUGAAUUGUUUGGGUAUAUUGGCAUGUCAAUCUAUAUUUUAAAAAAAAGUUAUUGUGAUCAGUGCUUUACUCAUAGAUGUAUUUAUUCUUUGAUGAUUAAAUUGUCCUUAAUUUUUUUUUUUUUUUUUUUUUUUUUACAUGUAUCCAUAUUUUGUCAUGAAUGUGACAUUUGACACAAACCGUCCAUUUGUUUUGUUUUUCUUGUGUUUAGUCAUUUUACCUUUGUGUACCUAAGUAUUUAAAGAUUAUUUUGUUGCAUUCUUUUGUGUUCAUUCUUAAGAGGUCAUCUAUAUGUUUCUUUUUAAAAAUUCACUUAAUGAAGUUUUCUUAGCUGUAUACUUUGUAGAUAUAUCCUUGAAGUAUACAUUUACAUUGUAUACAUUUAAUAGCAAAUUUGAGACAGUAGAAUUCUAAAUUUUAUUUAAUUUUUUUUAAAAACGAUAUACUAAAAUUAAAUGUUUCUACAUGUACAAUCAUCAAAAUAAUCAUGAUUUCGUUCUUUUCUUUGGAGGGGGGAGGGGGUUCUUUUUCCUUAAUUGUAAAUAUGUGGGUAUGAACAGAAUAUUUCAUUAUGUAUUUAAUACUUGUUUAUUGUACCUUCAUGUCAAAUGAAAAGUUUGAUUUAAUACUACAUGUAAAUGAAUGUUGAUUACAUACAUGUAUUUCAAACAUUAAAAGUUACUCUUUCAGUGCUCAUUACUUAGUUCUCAAGAUAGUUUGGUAAUACAUGCACAUGUGUACAUUUUAAAAGGAAAAAAAAAACAUGUAAUUUGAGCAGGAAAAAACAACAGCUAAGCAUCAUUAAUGACAGUAUAGAGAUUUAGUUAGAAAUGAUACAAGUUAAUAUUGCGUUGAAUUAAUUCUGUUUACAUUAGUUACGUGUAUAUGAUGUAUCAUAUUUUUAACAAUUUUCAAGGAUCAUAUUUCUGUAUAUUAUAGAUAGCAAAGCAGUGAAACAUUCUGUCCACAAACUGAUGAAACUAGAGGAUACUAUGUAUCCCAGCAAAACAAGUUCAGGGGAUUUCCAGAAUGAUAUCUUUUAGGUUCACUUUGUAAUGGGAAACAUCGGAAGGUCAUUUAAUAUACAUGAUCAAGAUCAAAGGUCAUUUUGAUAAGGAACAAAUCAAUUUCAUUUAAAAGACCAGCAAUGUAAAAAAAAAAUAAAAUUCUGUGUUCAAAAAGUGUAUACUUGAUACAACAAAAGAUACAUACAUGUAUUACGAGAAAAUGGGUAACGGACAUUAGUAAGGUCAUUGAAAACAGUCAAAAGGAUCGAGAGUAAAAUUGUCAUGCAGAUCAUAAGUUGGUAAAAAUUUAUGUGUUUACUUGAACAUUUGCUUAUAAUAAGCAUGAUAUGAUAUUGGUUCAAAGCCAUUUGGACAAGAUUACAGGAACUGAAAAUGUGGUACUCUUGUCACAAUACAAGGACUAAGUUUGAUUACACAAACUGACCUUUAAAGUUCUACUUUAAAAGGUCUUCAUGAUGUCUUAUUACUUGGUACAUGUAAAUAUGCAUUGUUUUCAGUGCAUGGAUUUAUUGGUCCAGUAAGGACAUUUUUAUUUUGUUUCAGAUUUUAUGUUUAAAAGUGGGGGACUUAAACAAAUACAGGAAUUUUACCGCAUGGAUAAUGGGUACAUGCGUAAUUUAUACAUAUAUUAAAUUGUGAAUAUUUUUAUACUGCUCUGAAUAGAGUUAAAAUUGUUACUUUCUUAGAUUGAAUAAUUAUUAUUCACUUGCCUUUAAUAAAUACAGUCAUCAAA